AUGCCUCACAGUCAAACCACUAUCAACCCCAACCGGGCCAAUUUCUUUCGGGGCCUGAAAGAAGAUCUUACUCCAGAGGCAUUGGAAACCCUAGACCCAGAGAAGUCCACGUCCCAAAAUCUGCCGCCCAUAGGUGACUCCUCUACGACCAAGUUCGAGAAAUACCCAUGCGUAACGCAGAAGCCUACGCCAGCGGCGAUAGCCAAUACCUUCAGUGCUACAGCUCUUCAAGUCGGGAUUGGAAAGGAUAUACCCCGCUGGAAGACAGGACCGACGAAAUCCGUCAACUUCGCUGUUCUUGCAAACGGAUAUCCUAAGCCCGAACUCGCUCUUCUGGCAGCAAACAGGUUGAAGGAAGCCGCUAAUGAAUGGAAUACGCUAGAACUCGGCGUGAAGUUUGAGUGGGUCCAAAAUAUUGAAGAUGCCGCAUUCGUUCUCACCUACGCAAAGGAUCCCAUUCCUGGGGUCCUUGCGUCGGCCUUUUUCCCAAAUAGUGUGGAUUUGAACGUGCUGAACGUUUACGCUGAUGCAUUCGAGGAAGGAACAGUUCAGUACUUGAAGAACAUUUUCUUGCACGAGCUAGGUCAUGUUCUGGGAUUCCGCCACGAGUUUGCCCCGGAGUUUGAAACCGGUGCCAACCUGAAGUCGAUGCAACCCUUGGACAUUGAAAGCGCUAAGAUAUUUUACCAAUUCCCUGGGAAAUAUCUUGGAGUUAAGCAAAACGAUUAUACUCCAUUGCUUAUUGUGGACUACGAUGCAAAUAACUAG